ACACACACACACACACACACACACACACACACACACACACACACACACACACACACAAACACCUGCUCACCUGUGUCCCUCAGGCAGCGGCGUUCAGAGCUUCACAGAGAUGGCUUCCAUGGGGACGCAGAUGGCCGGCUGCUCCUUGGCGCUCCUCGGCUGGGUGGGGGUGCUGGUCGCCUGCGCCGCGCCCAUGUGGAGGGUCUCGGCCUUCAUCGGGACCAACCUCGUGACGUCGCAGGUCAUGUGGGAGGGCAUCUGGAUGAGCUGCGUGGUGCAGAGCACGGGUCAGAUGCAGUGCAAGGUCUACGACUCCCUGCUGGCCCUGAGCACGGACCUGCAGGGGGCCCGGGCUCUGAUGGUGGUCUCCAUCAUCGCCGGCCUCGUCGGGCUCCUCGUGGCUUUCGUCGGAGGGAAGUGCACCAACUUCAUCCCGGAGGAGGGCGCCAAGGCGAGGGCCUCGGUGGGGGCGGGCGUGAUUCUGGUCAUCAGCGGGCUCCUGUGCCUGGUUCCUGUGUGCUGGACCGCCUCCAUCAUCGUCCAGGACUUCUACAGCCCUCUGGUCAUGGACGCUCAGAAACGAGAGAUGGGAUCCUGUAUUUACAUUGGCGGCGGCGCCGCGGCGCUGCUCGUUGUAGGAGGAGGACUCCUGUGCUCCGGCUGCCCCMCCAAGGAGCAGAACAGCCCCUCAGAGAGGCACCUCUUAAACAAGUCUGAAGGGAAAGGCAAAGAUUCGUACCUCUCCUCUGAUACAUCGACGAAAACUUACAUCUGAGUGCUUUUCUUCAAACUGAAGGCUCCCGGGCCAGGUGUGGUCAUUUUUACUAGUUUAUCUGGCCACAAAAAACAAAAAUCCUCUUUUUAAAUGUUUUAUUGACCUUUGUUUAUUUCAAAAACUCAUUCCUCUGUAUGAAUAUUUGAAUAAAUCCAGUAAAUAUUGACCAAGGUUUUACUUUUGGAGCAGUUUGACUCAGAUGUCGUAAAGAGACUCGGUCUUUACCUGGUGCUUCUGUCCCGGGUCAGAGACAGGGACGGACUGGACGGAUCUGAAAAGACCCAAACAAAAACUAAUGAAGGAAAUUUGCACUUUGAGGAUGUUUUCUGUCUGAAACAAACAAGAUUUAAGUUUAAUUUACGACAAACUUGUUUUACUUGUCAAAUCUAUUGUUCUGAGAAAUUUCAACAGAAACUCUGUAAAAAAAACACUUUGACUCUUUUAUUUUUCUUCUAACCAAUAAAGAACCUCGUGUUGUGCCUCCUCUGCUUGUUGAUUUGCUUCGGGACAAAACAUCGGUGGUUAUUUGAACUGGUCAGAACCGGUUCGUCAGGUUCCCUCCAGCUCAUUA